GCGCAAGGUCCGUCUGCUGAUGCAAUGCAAGAAGCACUUGUUGGAGUUCUUUCGCGACGUGGCCAUGAUAUUGAACAAGAUUGAGAAACUAGGUGAGUGGCCGCAAGAUUUGCUUUCCUCCUACACCUCGCUCAUCCCCAAGGAUGAACACGCUGAUGAUGUGAGCGCAACGGACUUUCGCCCUAUCACUGUACUUUCUACAAUUUACCGGCUUUAUGCCAAAGCAAGAUUUAUUGCCUUGUUGCAAUGGCAGGAGAGUUUGGUCAGUGAAGCAGUGUUUGGCUGCCGGAAAGGCAAGAGUGCAGAAACUCUUGCUGUGCAAAUUGCGCUGGACCUGGAAAGCAAGGGCUUUACAAAUUUUCAGUAUGUGGCGGGGGUAUCCUAUGAUUGCCGUAAAGCCUUUGAUUUGGUCCCCAUUGAAAUCGCGCUCGAGAUCAUGCGCCGCAGAGGAUGCCGCCCCCGUAUUCUCUCCGCCUUACAUGGUUUGUAUAAUGGUCUCCACCGUGUUUUUCGUCUCCCUAGUCCUGUUGGUAAUUGGCGGUGUUCCUAUAAUGGAUUGGUGCAAGGUGACCCCAUCUCUAUGGUCAUUCUGAACUCCUUGGUGGCUUGCGUUGUGGAAGCGUCUGCGCGCCUGCCUCACCCUGCCCUGCGCAUUUCUACUUACGCAGAUGACCUCUCAGCUGUGAUUCGAGGGGAAACAUUGCAAGAAGUGAAGAAUGGGCUUCGGGCUGUGCGUGCCGUCGUCCGCGGAUAUGUAGCUUCUGGCUGUGGGGAACUCAACGACCGUAAGUGCUUUACCUUCGGUGAUGAGCAUGUCAAUGGUUUGUUGCGCCCUGGUUUUCAACACCUGGAAGAUUUUCGAAUUGUCGGUGGCUCAUUGGUGGUUCGAGAUGAUGCUUCCUUUGUUACACAGCUGGAACAAAAACGUUGGGACAAGUGGAAAG